UGCAGCAAUUUAAUAGUCAAACUAUUCAAUGAUCAGGUCUGUUUUAAGCUCCGCAGUCACUCCACAAUUCGCCCUCCGACACCGCCCGCCUAGAACGACUAAAAAGCCAGUCCGCGAGGCAGAGAGAGAUUUCUCAACCACCAAGGAUCGAGAAAAAAAUCCCUCUGUGCGCGCUUUCUUGGAACAAUCAACACCAAUUGAUUUUCCCCCGUGUCGCUGAGACUUUACCCUGAUCGCCCUGCAACUUAAAUUCGGCCGUACUCUCCUUCCAGCUGUCCCAAAGCUGCCGCAUGCUUUCCAACAAGAUGCUUGCUGUUCGUCCUGCCGUGCGGAGGGCGGUGGUGACUCAAUCGUCGCUGCGUGCCAUCUCCGCACCGCGGGCACUCGCCCUCAAGGCCCUUCCUACCUCAGCCCAGAUCUUGCGCCAGAGAGCCUCUCUGCCCUCUCAAACUCGCUCGUACUCGCGCCCUGCCGAUCCUCAGCUGUCGACUCGCUCCACUGUUGUGCAGUUGCUUAGCAACAUUGGCUCCAAGCGAGAAGUCCAACAGUAUCUAUCCCACUUCACAUCUGUCUCGUCCCAACAGUUUGCGGUCAUCAAAGUCGGCGGUGCUAUCAUUACCGAACAUUUGCGGACCCUUUCCUCAGCCCUUGCAUUCUUGAACCAUGUGGGAUUAUAUCCUGUUGUCGUGCACGGCGCUGGACCCCAGCUGAACAAGAUGCUGGAAGAUGCAGGCGUGGAACCGCAUUUCGAAGAUGGAAUCCGUGUUACCGAUGGUAAAACACUGGCACUAGCGCGGAAGCUAUUUUUGGAGGAGAACUUGAAAUUGGUCGAGGAAUUGGAGAAUAUGGGCGUGCGUGCCCGUCCCAUCACCACUGGCGUGUUCUCCGCCGAUUACCUCGAUAAGGAAAAAUACAACCUAGUAGGAAAGAUCAAUGCGGUGGACAAGAAACCUAUUGAGUCUGCUAUCGAGGCGGGAUGCCUCCCAAUCUUGACGUCUAUGGCCGAAACCACCGACGGCCAGGUCCUCAACGUUAAUGCCGAUGUUGCUGCUGGCGAACUGGCCCGAUCUCUGCAGCCUUUGAAGAUAGUUUAUCUCGCUGAAAAGGGAGGGUUGUUUAAUGGUGAUACGGGCGAGAAGAUCUCGGCGAUCAAUCUUGAUGAAGAAUACGAUCAUCUCAUGACACAGUGGUGGGUGCGACACGGAACCCGGUUGAAGAUUAAGGAGAUGAAGGAUCUCCUCAUGGAUCUCCCUCGCACAUCUAGUGUGGCCAUCAUUCACCCGGCAGAUCUUCAGAAAGAACUUUUCACUGAUUCUGGUGCCGGGACCUUGAUCCGUAGAGGCAACAAGGUGCACAUCAAAUCAUCUUUGUCGGAGUUUGAGGACAUCAACGCUCUUAAGGAUGUCCUCGUUCGGGACAGGGAAGGUCUAGAUGCCAAGGCUACUGUCGAUCGCUAUGUUGAAGGCUUGCAGGAUCGCUCAUUCAAAGCGUAUUUUGACGACCCUAUGGAAGCAUUGGCAGUCGUGUUGCCUCAGCAGGAUUCUGCUUUCGCUCACUUGGCUACCUUCACUAUCACCAAGGCUGGGUGGCUAACCAAUGUCUCGGACAAUGUCUUCACCAGCAUUAAAAAGGACUUCCCUAAACUUGUGUGGACUGUGAAAGCCGAUGACGAGAAUCUCACAUGGUUCUUUGACAAGGCCGACGGUAGUCUAUCCCGUGACGGCGAUGUCCUUUUCUGGUACGGCUUGGAAAACGGCGAUGAAGUCAAGGAGUUGGUACAUGAAUUCACCCAGCACGGCCGUCAAAUGUUUGGCGAUUACAAUCUCGAGGCAAGACUGCACCGUGCCGCUCAAGCUGCUUUGAAUGUCAGCAGUGCUGCGCAACAGAGACGUGCUUAUUCGACCAGCACUGUAAAUGCUUUGAAAGCAUACCGCAGGAAUAACACUUUUGCUACUGGACGUCGAUCAUACAGCACGAAUCCAAAUCCUCCUUUGGGCGAGAAGAACGUAUCAAAUACCCGCCCUUCCAAGGUUGCCCUCAUUGGAGCUCGCGGAUACACCGGUCAAGCUUUAAUCAGCCUCCUCAAUGCUCAUCCAAACAUGGACCUACGACACGUGUCUUCCCGCGAACUGGCCGGUAAAAAGCUUGAAGGCUAUGACAAACGAGAAAUCAUAUAUGAAAACCUUAGCCCAGAUGAUGUGCGCCGAAUGGCUUCGAACGGUGACAUUGACUGCUGGGUCAUGGCUCUUCCUAACGGCGUGUGCAAACCAUUUGUUGACGCGGUUGAUCAAGGCGCCGAAAAAGGCGGCUUGGUUGUUGAUCUCAGUGCCGACUAUCGAUUUGAUUCUGCCUGGUCGUACGGUCUCCCCGAGUUGGUCAGUCGUUCAACUAUUGCUCAAGCCACUCGCAUUGCCAAUCCUGGAUGCUAUGCUACUGCUGCUCAACUUGGCAUUGCUCCUCUCGUACCCUACCUUGCUGGACAGCCCACUGUCUUCGGUGUAUCAGGCUACUCGGGCGCAGGCACCAAGCCUAGUCCCAAGAACGACGUCAAUGUGUUAACAAAUAACAUUGUUCCCUACAGCUUGACGGAUCAUAUUCAUGAGCGGGAGAUCAGCUCCCAACUAGGAACUAGUGUUGCCUUCAUUCCACAUGUCGCAGUCUGGUUCCAAGGUAUACAUCAUACUAUAAGCUUGCCUCUGAAAGAAGAGAUGUCAUCUCGAGAUAUCCGCAACUUGUAUCAAGAUCGUUAUGCCGGCGAAAAGCUAGUCAAGAUUGUUGGCGAGCCACCUCUCGUGAAAAACAUCGCCGGUCGUCACGGUGUCGAGAUCGGCGGAUUCGCUGUGCACUCCAGUGGCAAGAGGGUCGUUAUCUGUGCGACAAUCGACAAUCUGCUCAAGGGCGCUGCCACACAAUGUCUUCAAAAUAUGAACCUUGCUCUUGGAUACUCCGAGUAUGAAGGCAUUCCGCUCGAAUAAAUGACUUGAAAUGCACUAUAUCUCUGUAAUAGUGGAUGAAGUUCGUUGUAAUAGACGACGCCUUUUUUAUGAAAAGUUGUGGAAGUAUGGUAUUUUUGUGUCCUGUGAGCUUAAUUCUUGUCUAUCAUACCCGGCGCAUAUAUAUGUAAUGUUGCGAAUGAAGCCUGUGAUCUGGUUAGAAUAGAAACUACUGAUCCUUCGUUGUUUUUGCUCCUAGUCUUUUCUGAAAUUACCAGUAUUUUCUUCCCUAGAGUAUCCCCGUCAGCUGGCCGUGGACGAAACUGUUGCUUA